AUGUGUAAUUGUACGGGGAAUGUUGCCGUGUGUUCUGGGCACCGACACUUAUUAUCCUACAUUCCCAAAUUACCAGCCAAUAUCUCACAGCUCACAUUUUCGGUGUGUAUGAAGUGUCUUCAAAUCUUUUCUAUUUCUGCUAACCCAUUACGAGAUUUGGAGGAC